CAAAAAAAAUCAAAUGAGAUAUUGAGAGCCGACGAUUUUAUGACACGAUGACGUCCAGCAAUGCACAAGUAAAUUUACCAUGGGUCGAAAAGUAUCGUCCUAAAAGCUUGGAUGAGCUUAUUUCCCAUGAGACGAUAAUAAAGACGAUAAACAAGUACAUUGAUGAGAAUCAACUGCCGCAUCUUCUUCUUUAUGGACCACCUGGGACAGGAAAGACUAGUACUAUACUGGCGUGUGCUCGUAAACUCUAUACUCCAGCUCAGUUCAAUUCAAUGGUAUUAGAAUUAAAUGCUUCUGAUGAUAGAGGUAUAGGCAUCGUGCGAGGCCAAAUCUUGAGUUUUGCCAGUACAGGCACUAUGUAUAAAUCUGCGUUUAAAUUAAUUAUUUUGGAUGAAGCUGAUGCUAUGACGAUCGAUGCUCAGAAUGCACUCAGAAGAAUUAUUGAGAAAUACACGGAUAAUGUGCGUUUCUGUAUUAUAUGCAACUAUCUCAGCAAGAUUAUUCCAGCUCUGCAGUCUCGUUGCACCAGGUUUAGAUUUCUACCUCUUGCAGCAGAACAAAUAAUACCAAGACUGAAUCAUGUCAUUGAAGCAGAGAAUUUAAAAGUUACGGAAGACGGCAAGCAAGCAUUAAUAACGUUAAGUGGUGGUGAUAUGAGAAAAGUAAUAAGCGUACUUCAAAGUACAUGGUUUGCUUAUGGUGCUGUGAAUGAAGAGAAUGUGUAUAAUUGUGUUGGGCAUCCGUUACCAAGAGACAUAACUAGUAUUGUAAACUGGUUGUUAAACGAGUCUUAUGACACAUGCUACAAAAAGAUUCAAGAACUGAAGUUGAACAAGGGACUUGCGCUGCAAGAUAUAUUAACAGAAGUUCACUCAUAUGUAAUUAAAAUUGAUUUUCCUGAUCAGUUAUUUACUGACUUACUAUGCAAAAUGGCAGAGAUAGAGAAAAGAUUGGCUUCUGGAUGUCGCGACAAUAUUCAAUUAAAUUCUCUUAUAUCUGCAUUCUACAGUGUUCGCGAUAUUGAAACGUGAUAUCUUCUGUCACGUGGGUUGAAAGAUUUUGUAAAUCUAAAAAUACUGAAUAUGCUUGCUUAAGAUAAAAACUAUUGUUUGGUAUGUAUAUAUUACAUUUUGGCAACACCAAUAUAUGAAUAA